GUUCGCAAAAAAAUCAUGAACUUGUCUCUGUGGAUUUUCCCUAAACCAUGAAAGAUCCUUUAAGCAGGAGGAUCUCUAAUGAAAAACGACAUGGUCCAGAAAUAUUUCCUUUCCACAUCCGAGGACUAUUUGCUAUAAUUGGACAAACACCUUUCCCUAAGCUGUGUCAAGCCUUCUGGGCAAUAAACAGAAAAUGGAAAUCUUGUGUUUGAGCAAUAUGCAAAUGUGCAAAUAUGGGAACAUGACAGGCCUAUGUGUCCGAGAAAUUGUUUUCCAAACCCCAGUGCUUUUGCUGUUUUCAUGCAGAACACCAAGGGAUGACUAUUGAGGCAAACAUUUAUUUUCCUUCCUGAGUCUUCUAAACUAACACAUACAAAAUGGAGGUAGCCAUGGUAAGUGCCGAGAGCUCUGGCUGCAACAACCACCUGCCCUAUGGCUAUGCAGCCCAAGCAAGGGCCAGAGAGAGAGAGAGAUUAGCGCAGUCUAGGGCAGCCGCAGCCGCAGCUGUGGCAGCUGCAACAGCAGCUGUAGAAACGGGGACUUCUGCAGGAGGAGGUGGUCCACAUCAUCAUUACCAUCAACAGCAGAAUCGGGGGGCUUCAUUAUCUCAAAGUGGGCCUGCAUCACACAGUGGCUUUUAUCAAGGCAGUAGAAAAAGGAAGCAGAGGAGGAAAGCAACCCAUUGUCUUGGUGUUCGUGAAUUUGGUGCCUCUUUUCCUUGCUCUGAGUUGCUACUACUCAGCGGCUCAGAGGAGAAAAUCCUCAAGGAUUUGAGUGAGGAUGAUGAUGAGGAAGAAGAUGAGGAUGUGGAUGGAGAAGAUGAAGGUGAGGAAAGAAUAUUCUAUUACAACAACGAGGAUGGAGAAGAUGAGUUUUCAUUUAUAGAGCAGCCUCCAGAAGAUGGUGUGGGGCCUGGAAGUUACAGCUCAGUCCGUUACAGUGAGUAUGAGUGCUGUGAAAGGAUUGUGAUCAAUGUAUCUGGCCUACGGUUUGAAACUCAAAUGAAGACUUUGGCUCAAUUCCCAGAAACAUUGCUAGGGGACCCAACAAAACGGGGCAGGUACUUUGACCCCCUCCGGAAUGAAUAUUUCUUUGACAGGAACAGGCCUAGCUUUGAUGCCAUUUUAUAUUACUAUCAGUCAGGUGGACGCUUGAAAAGGCCAGUCAAUGUGCCGUUUGACAUUUUCAGUGAGGAAGUGAAAUUCUAUGAACUUGGGGAAGAGGCGAUGCUCAAGUUUAGAGAGGAUGAAGGCUUUGUCAAGGAAGAAGAUGACAGGGUCUUGCCUGAAAAUGAAUUCAAAAAACAAGUGUGGCUGCUCUUUGAGUACCCAGAGAGCUCCAGCCCAGCCCGAAUUAUUGCCAUAGUCUCCGUGUUGGUCAUCUUGAUCUCCAUUGUCAUUUUCUGCUUAGAAACAUUGCCAGAGUUUAGAGAUGAAAAAGAGCUCAUUUUGACACAGAACUUGGAGAAUGUCAAUGAAACUCUUCUGCUGCAAGGUGGAGGGUAUACAUUUUUCAACGAUCCCUUCUUCAUCGUUGAGACUGUCUGCAUCAUUUGGUUCUCCUUUGAGUUUACAGUGCGCUUCUUUGCUUGCCCUAGCAAGGCCGUUUUCUUCAAGAACAUUAUGAACAUCAUAGACAUUGUUUCCAUUUUGCCUUACUUCAUCACCCUGGGUACAGAUUUGGCCCAACAACAGGGCAGUAAUGGUCAACAGGCCAUGUCUUUUGCCAUCCUAAGGAUCAUCCGUCUUGUCAGGGUGUUCCGCAUCUUCAAGCUUUCCAGACACUCCAAGGGUUUGCAGAUCUUGGGUCACACUCUCAGGGCCAGCAUGAGGGAACUGGGGCUCUUGAUCUUCUUCCUUUUCAUUGGAGUAAUUUUGUUUUCCAGUGCUGUUUAUUUUGCAGAAGCAGAUGAGUCUACCACCCAUUUCCAGAGCAUCCCAGAUGCCUUCUGGUGGGCUGUGGUGACCAUGACUACGGUUGGUUAUGGAGACAUGAAACCCAUAACUGUAGGUGGGAAGAUUGUUGGGUCCCUGUGUGCCAUUGCAGGUGUGCUGACCAUUGCAUUACCAGUGCCAGUGAUUGUCUCCAACUUUAACUAUUUUUACCACAGAGAAACUGACAAUGAAGAACAGACCCAGGUGACACAAAAUGCAGUCAGUUGCCCUUAUCUCCCAACAAUACUCAAGAAAUUCCGAAGUUCAUCAUCUUCUUCCACCGAGGUCAAAUCAGAGUAUCUAGAGAUGGAGGAAGGGGUUAAGGAAUCUCUUUGUGUAAAGGAGAAAAAGGGCCAGGUCACAGGAAAUGGGAAAGAUACCACAAAGCAAAACUGUACAAAUGCAAAAUCUGUGGAAACAGAUGUUUAGGUUUGUGCAUUUCCAAUGAGUUUAUGCAUCAAAAUGUGCAAUGGUUAAAAAAAAUGAAAUAUGCAAACAGGUGUUUAAACAAGCAGAUAGGAAAAUGCCGCUUGCUGGUUAAACAUGAAUUACAAAGCAUUAGUAAACUUGUGUUACGUAUCAAGUAAAUGCUAUACCUUGUGAAGGGGGAUUUACAUGAAGUUGUUUCAAAGAUUAUAUUUUUACUAGAAUGCAGGUGUUUUGCACAUGAGGGAGAACAAUUUUAUUUUUAAGGAGGUUGUGUUUUUCUGCCUCACUUGCUGCCCACUGGUAAAAGUUAGCAUUUCAAGGUAUUUACUAUGUAAGAAACAAUGACAUUCAGUAGCCAUGUAUUCAUUUGUUAAUGCUUUAAAAACAGCUACCAAAAUCCAGUGGAUUCCAUAGUCUUGAUUUUUAAAAUGCUAAGAAUUUUGUGGGGAGAUUUAUUCUAUGAAAAGUCCAAAUUUAACCUUAAUUUGCUUAAAGAUGGGUUGAUUUUUUAAAAAAAUGGAUAUUCAAUUGUUGAAGAUGCUAUCGAGCCCCAGAAAUGGUUUAUUUUUAUAACAAUCUUUUGAGACCUUGAAGCAAUUGUUAAGUAAUAUGUGGAUGAAUCAAGUAAGAAAAUCAUUUAACAUGUUCUGGAUGCAGUGAAAAAGUGACUGGAUUGCUUUUUUGCACUACUUUAUAUGCUGGAUAAUUUAUGACAGACUUCAUACUGUGAAUGUUUACUAAUGUUCAAUGACAAUCAUUGGAAGAGUGAAUCCCACAUCUUUAUUUUAAUUGUAUUAUUCUUUGCGUAAUGCUGUUUGGCUAAGCGGCUAACUUUACAUGAAUUCCAUGAGUCUUUGAAUUAUGAAUAUCUGUUAUCUGGAAAAAAAAGGAUUGUGAAGUAAAAUUUUAUAAUCAUUUCUCCUCCUAAAUAAGUCUUUUUCAAAUCUUCAAUCUAUCAAUCAACCAAUCACCCCUACAAACAAACCUUUAGUCUGAGGGAUACAGUAG